AUGGACGUGUGGGGCCCCGCCCGCGUCCGUGGCCAGGGUCACGAGCGUUACUUCCUGUUGGUGGUUGACGACUACUCGCGUUACACCACGGUGUUCCCCUUGCGCAGCAAGGGUGACGUCACUGAGGUGUUGAUCGACUGGAUCCGCACAGCUCGUCUCCAGCCCAGAGAGAGUUUUGGCUCGGACUUUCCUGUUCUGCGUCUGCACUCUGACAGAGGCGGGGAGUUUUCCUCUGCCCUUCUGGGAGCCUUCUGUCGUGCACAGGGCAUCCGCCAGACCUUCACGCUUCCGGCCUCUCCACAGCAAAAUGGGAUUGCUGAGCGCCGCAUUGGCAUGGUCAUGGACGUCGCACGUACGUCCAUGAUCCAUGCGGCUGCUCCCCAUUUUCUGUGGCCGUUUGCGGUUCAGUACGCAGCGCAUCAGAUCAACCUUCAGCCCCGGGUCUCUUUGCCAGAGACCUCCCCCACCUUGCGGUGGACGGGGAAGGUUGGCGAUGCGUCUGCGUUUCGUGUCUGGGGAUCUCUGGCGUUUGUCCGCGACUUGUCUGCGGAAAAGCUGUCCCCCCGUGCGGUUCCCUGCGUCUUCCUUGGCUUCCCCCCUGACGCGCCUGGUUGGCAGUUUUACCACCCCACCUCGCGCCGUGUUCUGUCCUCCCAGGACGUCACGUUUGACGAGUCGGUUCCUUACUACCGUCUCUUCCCCUACCGCACUGCGCCCCUCCCCCCGCCGCCGCUCUUCCUUGCGCCAGGUCCCCCCCCGGUAGACCCCCUCCCCCCUCAGGGUCCUGCCCCGUCAGAUGUGUCCCAGGUAGACGCAGUCGAGCCUGUCGAGGUAGCUGUUGACUCUGGUACUGCUAGGGGUGCUGAGCCUGGGGGUGCUGAGUCUGGGGGUGCUGAGCCUGGGGGUGCUGAGUCUGGGGGUGCGGAGCCUGGGGGUACGGAGCCUGGGGGUGCUGAGCCUGGGGGUGCAGAGCCUGGGGGUACGGAGCCUGGGGGUGCUGAGCCUGGGGGUGCGGAGCCUGGGGGUGCUGGGUCUGCUCGUGUGGCCUCUGGCGGUGCUGGCCGUGCUGCUGGAGCUGGAGGUGCUGCUGUUACUGCUGACCCUGGGGUCGGCACUGGAGUUACUGGAGCCACUGGUCCUGGAGGUGCUCGUACUGGCGGUACUGGAGCUGCUGGGCCUGGGGGUACUGCUGAGACUGCUGGAGCUGACGGUCCUGCUGGAGCUGGAGCUGCUGGAGCUGGAGCUGCUGGGGGUGUUGGCGAUGGAGGUGCUGCUGGCGCUGGUGCUUCUGAGGGUGCUGGAGUUGGCGCUGUUGGAGCUGGAGGUGCUGCUGGCGCUGGUGCUGCCGCUGGGGGUAGUGGUGCUGUCCCUGCUGGUUCUGGAGGCACUGCGCGGCCGCGGCCGUACUUCGUUCCGCUCCUUGAGCGGGUUCUUGGUCUCCCGCCCUCUACUGGUCCUGCUCCUCCCUUAGAGUGUCCACAGCCUGUCCAGUCGCGGUCACAGUUACAGCCCGCCUCCCCCCUACCUGCUCCUUCUCCCUACACUGGUCCUACUGGAGGUCUUGCUGAGCGUCGUGAGCCUGCGUCUCGUCCUGCGUCGCCUGUUCGUGCUGCUCGCACUAGUAGUCGUGCUCCGCGUCCGCGUCCUCCUGCGGUCCCAGGCACACACCAGAUGGCACUGCGUCCUUCCACUGCUCCUCUGCAUGUCCCGUUGCCGUCUCCUCCAGAGUCCUCUCUUCCUGUCCUUGCUGACCCGGAGUCUGACUCUCUUCGCGCUGCCAGUCCUACUGUCACGCGUCUCCUGGCUACUGUUGUCACUGACCCUUCCUUUGAGUCCACUGCUGCGUCUGCCGUGGUUGCUGAGCUUGUCGACUUUGCUGCUCGCUGUCGUCUAGACUACGCUGCUAGUCUUGUUGCUGAGUCUGAGUCUGUCUGUCCUCCGUCCGUCGGGGGUGAGUGUGCUCUUAGCACGGACGUCCUUGAGGACAGGCAGGAGGAGUUCCAGUGUUUUGCUGCUGCUUUGCCUCAUCUCGUGUCCACGCUGAUUGCCCCUGAGGGAGACCCGGAUGCACCAGACAUCCCGACUCCUCGAUCGUACGCUGAGGCGAUCGAGGGUCCCUACUCCUCACAGUGGCAGUCAGCCAUGGACGCAGAGAUGGCUUCCUGGAAGUCCAUAGGCACCUACGUCGACGAGGUUCCCCCACCUGGGGCGAACAUCGUCAGUGGCAUGUGGAUUUUCAGGGUGAAGCGGCCGCCGGGUUCUCCGCCUGUCUUCAAGGCACGUUACGUGGCUCGAGGCUUCAGUCAGCGGCAGGGAGUUGACUACUUUCAGACCUUCUCUCCCACCCCGAAGAUGACCACUCUUCGGGUGCUGCUGCACAUAGCCGCUCAGUACGACUACAAGCUUCACUCUCUUGACUUCAGCACAGCUUUCCUGCAGGGCAGCCUGCACGAGGAGAUCUGGCUGCGCCGCCCACCUGGCUUCACUGGGUCGUUUCCCCCUGGUACCCAGUGGAGCCUCCGGCGGCCAGUCUACGGUCUCCGCCAGGCGCCCCGUGAGUGGCACGACACACUGAGGACUACACUUGCGGCUCUUGGGUUUGCUCCUUCUACUGCCGACCCGUCGCUGUUUCUGCGCACCGACACCUCUUUGCCGCCGUUCUACAUCCUCGUGUACGUCGACGACUUGGUCUUUGCCACUGCUGACACUGCUGGACUCGCCCACGUGAAGUCCGAGCUGCAGAAGAGACACACGUGCACAGACCUGGGUGAACUGCGCAGCUACCUUGGCUUGCAGAUCACCCGGGACAGAGCACAGCGCACCAUUACCCUGACUCAGUCACACAUGGUGCAGCAGGUCCUUCAGCGCUUCGACUUCACGUACUCCUCGCCUCAGGCCACUCCUCUGUCUACUCGCCACUCGCUCUCAGCUCUGCCUUCGGAUGAGUCCGUAGAGUCGAGUGGCCCGUACCCAGAGCUUGUUGGCUGCCUCAUGUACCUGAUGACCUGCACACGACCUGACCUCGCAUACCCUCUUAGCAUUCUCGCACGCUAUGUUGCUCCUGGGAGACAAAGACCGGAGCGCAUGGCUGCAGCGAAGAGGGUGUUGCGUUACUUGUGCAGUACGUCGGGCAUGGGGCUUGUGCUUGGAGGGCGACGUUCAGUGGUCCUCACAGGAGCUACGCUGGCUCACCUACCUGCUGACUGA